UAUGUGGCUGAUGAUCACGCUCGGUCAAAAAUAAAUUAUGCAGUCGGUGUUCUCUAUAAGAAAAAUCAUGCAAGGGAAAUAAUCAGCGAGGGAAGGAAGCAUGGAAGCAAAUGCUCGUGUCACGACUCUCUUACUUUCGUGAGAUGCUUCUUUUUCUCCUCUAAACAAAUUGCCCUUGGUCUAAAUCGUCUGUCAACGUCGAAUCGACCCUUACAAUCCUUCAACAAGAAAGCUAUGGCUGAUGCAGAUUUAACGGGCUUACAGGAUUUCCAAGUGGGUUGCCAAGGGUUGGAAGAAGAUGUGGGCAAUUUGGAAGAGUGGUUGGCGUGGGCGCCGACUGAAGGUUUCGAUAUUGAUGGCCUUAUCUGUGGCGCAGACGAAGAUCAUAUCGCAGAGACCCAAGUGGACCAUGGCGAGGGCUUAUGUUCUGAAUUUGCACAGCAUGGUUUGCUUGUAAACGAUUCUUCAUCCACCUCGAGUAAUAAUAACACUAACUCUUCGGAUAUCAGUAAUCGAAACCCUCAGCCUGAAAGUAAUUGUCAGGCCCAGGAAGGCGUCAAGACAAGUUGCGAAAUCCCUGAUUCCAAGCGCUUAUUGAGGCUUGUCAAGAACCGAGAUGCUGCAGCUCAAUCACGCAAAAGAAAGAAAUCCUAUAUUCAAGACCUUGAGUCUAAAUGUCGGAUGUUGGAGAACUAUUCUAAUCAACUUCAGCAAUCAGUUGCUUUCACUUGUACUGAAAACAUGGUUUUGCGAGAUGAGCUUCUUCGGUGUAAGAGGCAGAAAGGUGGUAAUGAUGUGGCAGAGCCUGCAGUGCCUAAGGAUUCCCUGCCGUCGGAAUCCCUGUCACAUCUUACCACCGUAGCGGUCAAUGGUCGUCAUGUCGGCAUCCACUGCCUCGAUUGGCUUCUGGCAACAAUGAUCCUUCUACUAUUCAAAGGGGCAGUGAAUCUAAGCAGCACAAACGGCCCAAGACAUACUAAGAAUGGAUAUCAAUCUUCAACUUUCAGGGUCUUUAUUAAUUUAAAUCUGAAGAGGAGAGUAUUUGAAUCCUUUCCAGGAACUAGAUGCAGAGCAUUCUCUUCAUGCCGACAUCGUUAUUGGAAGUUGAAUAAUGUUUCUUUAAACUUUCAGUGUGUCAUUUAGUUUAGUUGCUGUAAAUCUAGAAAGUGUGUUGGUUUGAAGUUAAACAUGAUAGCUUAUGUGAACUACAAGGCAUUUUUUUCACUUUUGCUCCUUAUAAUGUAAAUUGUUCUAGCUUAUGAGGUAAAA